AUGCUGCACAUUUUCUCCUACCUGAGCUCCGAGGUCGACUGGUGUGAAGCCAACUUUGAGCACUCCGAAUAUAUUGCUGAAUAUUACAACUCGAUCACCAACGUGGCCUUUUUCAUCCUGGCCCCCCUGAUGUUGUGGCUCAACACCGAUUAUACCCGCUAUCGUCCUGUGCCGAUCCGGGGUUUCGUCAUCUUGCAGCUGUUUAUCGGCGUCUUCUCCUUCUAUUACCACAUGACCCUGAGUUACGCCGGGCAGCUCCUGGACGAGCUGUCCAUCCUGUGGACCCUCUGCGUCUCCUACGGCUUCUGGUUCCCCAUCCGCUAUUUCCCUUCUUUCAUCAAAAACAGGGAGCAGUUCCUCACCUUUGUGGCCACGGUGACAGUGACCAGCACCCUGAUGUCCUUCGUCAAGCCGGCCCUCAACGCCUACGUCCUCAACUGCGUGGCUUUCCACCUGCUCUACCUGGCCUUUGUGGAAGUGCGCAGGUUGGACAGCCCGGCCGUUAGGCGUGCUGCCUUGACCAUGACCUUCUGGUGGGUCAUCGCCAUCAGCUGCUGGCUGGUGGACAAAUUCUUCUGCGGCUUCUGCCAAAGGCUCAACUUUUGCUACCUCCACAGUUUCUGGCACAUCUUAAUCAACAUGGCCCUCCUGCAUUGCAUCACCCUCAUCCUCUUCUUCGACAUCUAUCACGACCUGCCAAGCAGCGAGCCCUCCAUGGAGUACUGGCCCAGCAGCAACCUCCCCUUUGCGCUGCCCUACGUCAAGAUCCAGAAGCCCCUCAAGUGGUGCUAG